AUGCAAGGAGUUAUAACUUAUAAAUCAACCAUUUCUAAGCACAUUUCCAAUAUUAAUUAUCCAUUCUAAUGGCUUCUUCUUUAUCAUUAUCAACAAGCUCCUGGUGUUUUGUAGGUUUCUUGGUGGUGGUAUGGAAUGGCAGUUUGUAUGCUAAUGGAUGUUAUACAUCCAUUAUCAGCUUCGGCGACUCCAUUGCCGAUACAGGCAACAUAAAACAUCUGAGUGCCAUCACCAACCAAGCAUUUCCAAGUCUUUUCCCGCCUUACGGCCAAACCUUCUUCAACAAACCCACUGGCCGAUGCUCUGAUGGUCGACUAAUCAUUGACUUCCUAGCCGAGAGUCUUGGAUUGCCAUUGAUACCGCCAUAUAUGCAAGCGGGGAGUGACAACGCGUUGGAGUUGGGGCAUGGGGUGAAUUACGCAGUGGCGGGUGCUACAGCAUUGGGUUCACUGUUUCUUGGAAAAGAAGGGAUUCAAAAUCCAGUGUCAAACGCGUCGUUAGGAAUUGAGUUGGGAUGGUUUAAACACUCGUUGCAUUCUUUUUGUGACAACGCUUCAGACUGUAAGAACUUAAUUGGACGCUCGUUGAUCCUAGUAGGAGAGGUUGGCGGCAACGAUUACAAUUUUCCAAUACUUGAUGGAAACCCCAUUGAUGAUGUUAAAUCAUUAGUUCCUAUUGUUAUAAAUACCAUAGUCUCAAUAAUCAAUGAAUUGAUUGAGAUGGGGGCUCAGACACUUGUUGUUCCAGGAAACUUUCCAAUCGGAUGUUCUUCGGCAUAUUUGACAGUAUGCGGUUCUGAGAACGAAGAGUAUGAUCCCACAACUGGUUGCCUCGUUCGGUUAAAUCAAUUUGUUGAAUACCACAAUGAAUUUCUGCAAACGAAACUAAAUCAGAUUCGAGAACUUCACCCUAAUGUUAACAUCAUCUAUGCUGAUUACUACAAUGCCGCCAUGCAAAUUUACCGUUCUCCAUAUAAGUUUGGAUUCACAAACGGUGCUUUGAAGGCAUGUUGUGGAGGCGGAGGGCAGUUUAAUUACAAUCUAACUACAAAAUGCGGAGAUGAAUUUGCUACUGUGUGUGCUGAACCAAGUACAUAUGCUAAUUGGGACGGAAUACACUUAACAGAAGCGGCAUACAAAGUGAUUUUCAAAGGUUUAUUUCAAGGGCCAUACACUACACCUGCAUUUAGUUCCUUGUGUCCUACAUCACCACAAAGGGGGGCAAUUGGAUUAUCGAGUUUUUGAUAAAGAGUGACCUGAAACUAAGCCAGCGUAGACUGCGUGUAAAAGAAAGAGCAUGAAAAGAGUCGAGACUUGAAAGUUUAGAGUGCACAUUUUUAUUGUAAAAUAAAUAUAAUAAUUUAUAAAUGGUUAUAAUCAGGUAAUUGUGUGUGUGUAAAUUGAUUGUAAGUUAUAAAGUUCAAUUUCAUUAAUGUACAAUAGUAUUCUUAAUGUGGUUAUGCAUCCCUUCUUUAUAAA